GGAGAAGAGGCCAAGCACAGAGCUAAGACUUUCCUUUGGCUCAGACCUGACCUCACAUCCUUGCGGUCACUAAUCUGAGAACUUUUGAACCGAAUUCUGCCCUGAAAGCAGUUUUUUCUGAUAUAGGUCAGGUCUAUUUGCGCAGUUUUGAAAUUUUACUUUAUCUCCAUGAGGUUUGACAAGCCUCUGACUCUAUGAGCCAAUAGAAACCAAGCGGGCGGGGUUGUCGUCUGUUUGGUCCAUAAAAACUGGAGGCUUAUUAUUAAGCCACACUUACACCGUACUCGCUGUUUACUUCCUGUUGCUUGGUGCACAUGUAAAAAUCUCAGCCUGCUUGGAGUUUCUCGCCCGAAUAUCGGCACCUCCGUGAAUCUGGAGGCGGUCCGUCCUUCAGAGAUACCACACCUUAUAUUUAUCUGGCCGUGAGCAGUAAUUUAAUGCAGCGACGCAGACUGACCUCAGCAGAGAACGGCCCGGGUUUUCUUCCUCAACUCCCAAGAAUAUUUUCGAAGCCGAAAUCCACCAGGGUAAUUCACCGUGACAUGUUUCCCCUGCAGCCAAACUGCAUCCAAAAAUCACGCUGUUUCUUUCAAGUUCCCUUUUGAAAGCAUGUCCUGUACCGACUGCUCUUCUCAAACAGAGGAAGUUCAUGACAAUGAAACUCCAGUGAAGUCACCGACACGACACCGUCAUAGUCCAAAGAGUAAAACAGAGGAGAUCAGUGGAUGAAGGAUGUAGGCGAGGCGCGUAGGCUAAGACGAUAAAUAUUUAAUAAUGAGAUAAGGAGAACUUUUUCAACUCGACACCCACAUUGACUUUCAGAGGUUCUCCUUUUCUUUUCUCUGGAUGUGUUAGAGACUUCCCCUGGUCUUCUGUGGGAGUGCUGCACAGGGGCUUUCUACACUCUCCAGUAAAAUCCACCACUUCCUUUUUACAGAUUAUAUCAAAUAUACAUACAUCAGGAAGCACAGCAAGGGUUUUUUAUCUAAACAGUAGCUCUGAUUGGACAGAGACUGAAUGUCGCUUAGUAGGAAUACCAGUUUUGUUCACUUUGACGAGGAGAUACUCUCUGGAUUGGCAGGAACAAGACACGCAGCAAAAGAAGUUGGACCUGUAGGCACUCCCUCGACUGAAAUCCACUUUUGCUUAGAUAAACCAGGCCAACUGGAAGUGACUCUCUCUCAGCCGCCUCGAUCAGCCAAUGGCACGCCCAGCUUGUCAGGUGUAUCGGAGGACAAACUGAUAAACGAGGGGAAAGUGAAGAUGGAGGAAGACCUGGAGGUCCUGGUUAAAGGUUGGCUGCUGCGUGAGGUGCAGACCGGUUGGAUCCGAUACAGGAGGUUCUGGUUCACAUUGACCCCAGACUCUCUGGAGUGUUACAGUGGCCCUGAGAAGGACGCUCGCACCGUGGGCAUGCUCGUCCUCACCUCACUCUGCUCUGUGCUCUGGCCAGACAAACACACCUACAAACAGACAGGUUACUGGAGUUUGACUGUGUUUGGGAGGAAACACUGCUACAAGCUCUUCACCAAACACUUCAAUGAGGCGGUGCACUGGGCGUGUGCAGUACAGAAGGUCAUCGAUAGCAAAGCGCCGGUGGAGACGCCGACUCAGCUCCUCAUCCGUGACAUAGAGGAGAACAAGUUUAACCCCGAAGUGGUGGAGCACAUCUAUCAACACAACCCCAUCCUGAUGUACACACAGAGUCCUCUCUACGCUCCUCUACUACCUUUCCCCUACGGCAGCCUGGACCAUUUACAUCUAGGAGGUAAAGGCUACGUGUCUGUGCGAGAGGAAGCGGUCAGACUCUUUAACUGCGUGCAGCAGCUGGAGUCGGAGCGAGAGCCCAUCCCUCUGAUCCAGGGCAUCUUGCAAACUUGCCUCGACCUCCGACCCCUGAGGGACGAGCUCUACUGCCAGCUCAUCAAACAGACCAGCAUCGCACACGCUCGCUCGCACACGGACACGCAGAGCGCUGUCUGGCUACGAUACUGGCAGCUGCUGACCUGCGCCAGCUGCACCUUCCUACCCAGCAGCCCCGUGCUCCGAUACCUGCGCUUCCACCUGAAGAGGGUGCAGAGCGUGUGUGUGGACUCGGAGGUGGAGAGCUAUGCCUCGUUCAUCGCCCAGGCCGUGGAGAAAACGCGCUGCCGUGAGUGUGUGCCAUCCUGGGAGGAGAUCCAGGGCCUGAUGACACGACAGGAAAUGAUGUGUACCGUCCAUUACCCCGGUCCAGGCUGCUGCAGGAUCCCUAUCAGCUCACACACUACUGCUAAUGAGGUGGUGAGGAAGGUGGCAGAGCGUCUCGGCCUGCAGCACAGCCGCAACACCUUCGCUCUCUUCGAGCAGAAAGACUCGUGGGAACGGGCGAUCGGGGGCAGCACCAUCAUCGCCGAUGUCAUCACCAGGUUUGAAAAUCUGUCGGUGAAGGAGUCAGACCCAGAGUGUCACUGGAGGCUGUGCUUCAAACUUUACUGCCUUCUGGACACCGACAGCAUCAGCACAGACAGCAUCGAGUAUCUGUUCCUCUAUGAGCAGUGCCAUGAGAUGGUGGUGCGAGGUCAGCUCCCCGUGUGUGAAGAGGAUCUGCUGUCUCUGGCUGCUCUCCGGCUGCAGGCUCUGCUCGGCGAUUACGGAUCGUUGGCUCCGUACCCGGCGCUCGAGCAGCUCUACCCGGUCCGGGCGCUGGAGAACCGGGCAUUGCUCCCUGCUUCCGAGGCUCCCGGGUGCCCUCCAUUCCCCGCCGGACUCCUAGGUGCACUGUGGGGUCAGAAGCGGCGUGACGGUCAGGAACAGAGACAGCGAGCCAGGUUGAGAGACGAGGCCACCGUCCUGUCGACCAGCAUCAUGGAGCGGUGGAAGUCUCUAUCCGGGUACAGCCGCACAGACAGCAUGGCCGCCUACCUGGCCAUCGCACGUCGGUGGCCAGGCUUCGGGUGUACGCUCUACGAAGUGGACUUCUACAUGAGUUCGAGCGGGAGUUUCUCACAGCGUCUGUGGCUGGGCGUAGCUGCUUCCUGCGUGUCUCUGUACCGGCCAGGCGAGGCCGAGGCACUCGAGUCGCUCCCCAUCACACAGAUCUGCUCAUACGGCGUCUCCGACAGCAACACCUUCACCAUCACUGCCACUGACCGACACCUGCUGUUUCACACCUCAGAGCUGACUGAGAUCAUGCAGCUGAUGAAUGCCUACUUCAGUGCCACCCGACGCCAGCUGGCCAAGGACGACUGCAUCACCAUGGAAACCGGCUCUAAGCUCCGCCCCUCUCUGCUGGAACUGCCCUCUCACCCGGUUUGAAGAGACAUGCAGCUGACUCUAUAAAGUGGCCCCCAUCCAAUCGCUCCGCCCACCCCCGUCCGAGACACGGAGACUCGAUCCGCCCGGAGACGAGAGAGAGAGUAUGCGUGCAGGACGGGAUGGACGACCGCCAAAGAUCCCAGAAUUCCGAGCACGCUCCUGGCCUGGCUGCUGAAAAAGCCUGAGAGAAAUUCAGCUGAAUACAGGAAGGACACACACACACACUGUGACACAAACACGUCCCCUUCUUCGGACAUUUCACAUUUGGACGGCAGAGAACUUAAUCCUCCCUACGAACUCCAGAGUGCGUUACAGGAUUUAACAGACACUCGGCCCGGGAUCUCACGACCGCACUUCAGAGGCCGAGCGCACUAUAUAGUGGACAGGGUGCGAUUUGGGACACGCAGCUAUGAUGUGUACGAUGUGUGGGUGCACGUUCAAAACCAAAGCGUCUCUUUUCGUUUUCUUUCCUCGUUUUCUUUUUUCCCUUUUAUGAAACACAGAGAGGCGGCCAUUUUGUGUCUCACGAUUUCCGGAGGUUGGAGAGAAAUGCGACAGCAUCGUUCGCCGUCUGAAGCUUGCUUAAAAAGAAACAAAAACAAAGAGAAAGACGAACCCAGGCCUCAUGACUCGAGGGAUAUGAAGGCUGAUUUCUGAUGUAGGAUUUGUGUAACAGGAGUAACAGCUCCCAUGCAGUGCAGCGCAUAACCUUACCCAAAUAAUAACCCUGGCAUCUGCUGACCUCUUCAUCCUCAUUUUGCUUUUUUUAUAAUAAUAAUAAUAAUAUUUGUAUAAACGUCAUGUUUCGUUUGUAUUUUUUUUUAAUUUUUAUUUAUGGACGUCUGUCUGUUUUUUUAUUCUUACUUGUUUUUAUAUCUCCUUAAGAAGUGUAUUUUAUUCCUUUAUUAAUCACAGAGGGCCUGGGAAGCAUCAGUCCCCAUGUAUGUAUAUAUAUAUAUAUAUAAAAUACACACAUCUUGUAUAUUUCUCUACAAGCCGUAUCUCCCAUAAAAGAAAAGGAAAAAAAGGCAACCUUCAGCCUCUCAACUCUCUCUAUCUGUCUCACUCUCACCUUUCUCUAUCUGUCUCACUCUCUAUCUCUCACUCUCUCUAUCUUUCACCCUCAACUCUCCGAAUCUGUCUUGCUCUCCAUCUGUGUCAUUCUUAACUCUAUCUGUCUCACCCUCAACUCUCUCCAUCUGCCUCACUCGCUAUUUGUCUCACCCUCAACCCUCUUUGUCUGUCUCACUCUCAACCCCUUCUGUCUCACUCUCAACUCUCUCCAUAUGUCUCACUCCCUAUCUUUCUCACUCUCUAGCUGUCUUACUCUCAACUCACUCUAUCUGUCACUCUCAACUCUAUCUGUCUCACUCUAUCACACUGUCUGUCUCUCAAGUCUCUAUCUGUCUCACUUUAUCUUUAUCUCAACUCUCAUUGUCUCACUCGCUGCUUCUGUCUGGCACUUUCUUCUUUUUAUCUGUCUCUCUCCCUUCACGUCCCCUUUCUCUUGCUGGGGUGGGAUUACAUGCCACCCCCACCCCCCCUCUCCCUUCACCUCCUUCAUUUCUCCUUGCUGCAGCAGAAGGAAAAGGAAAAAAAUGUAAAAAAGACAACCUUCAGCUAUCAGCGUUUUUUUUUUCCCCACACGGACCAAACGUAUCGCGUGAUCGGAAGAGACCGACGUUUUUUGUUUGUUUGUUUGUGUUUUGUUUCCUCGUGAAAGUACUCACUCGAGCGUUCCGGUGUUCACUCGUCCGUCCAGCUGUGCCUCGGAGAGACUCGCCACCUGUGCCUGUAACAACAAGAGCAUUUAAUGAAAGUCUGAAUCAAACACGUCAAAAUCACACGUCUCACCUGAAGAGCAUCGUCACACAAAGUGCCAAGAGAAUCACCCAGUGCCACGUGUUCGAGCUAGCGUUAAAGAAAACUUUUUUUUUUUUACUGAGAAUAUCGGCAUGAAAUCAAUCACCGACGUUACAGAAGUCAUGCCAGUCCUUGUUUUUCAGACCAGUUAAAACGGUUCUUGAUCUAAUUCUGCAUUUCUUUUAUUUUUUUUUGCUAUCAUGUGUACAAACGUCCGUCUUGCCCCGCCCCCUCAUCCAGCAGCGUCGCCGCUCUCCACGCCUCACUACUCAAGCAGCUGCAGGCAGCUCCGCCCACUGUCUUAGCUUCACGUCGCAUACGCAAACACGGAGCGUGUCGAGUCGAGUCGGGAUGCUGCACGGUACCGCGCCGUGUCGCGCGUCUGUAGCCAGUUGCACUAUUGUCUGUACAGCUAACGUGAAUGUGCAAUAAUAAAGAAUGAUGGUAGAUACUGUAUGUGAUUAAAUAAAUAAAGGCAGCACCAUUGGAA